ACCAUAGAAGAGGUUCCCUCUUCGAAUGAGAGAAACACGGCACCAUGGGGAGCUCCAGCUUGCUCCUCUUCUGGGGGUAUUGUCAUCUAUUCUUCUGGGUCGUUUUCCCAUUGGAAUCAAUGGCAGUUGAUGUGAAUGAGUGUCUGGAUACCACCACGUGCCCAGCCUACGCAACCUGCACCAACACUUUGGAUAGUUACUACUGCACUUGCAAACGAGGUUUUCUGUCCAGCAACGGACUGACGCAGUUCAGGGGCCCAGGAGUGACGUGCAAAGAUAUAGAUGAAUGUUCGCAAAGCUCCUCAAAAUGUGGUCCCCACUCAGUCUGCAGAAACCUUCUGGGGAGGUACAAGUGCAGCUGUUUCCCCGGUUUCUCUUCUCCCACUGGAAAUGACUGGAUCCCAGGAUAUCCAGGUCAUUUCUCCUGCACAGAUGUGGAUGAAUGUGCUGAUCCCGGAAUUUGCCCAGAGCAUGCGACUUGCCACAACAGUCCUGGAAGCUACUCUUGUGUCUGCAACCUAGGGUUUGAAUCUAGCAGUGGCAACAGGAACAUCCAGGGCCCAGGAGAGAUAUGUGAAGAUGUGGACGAAUGCGCCAGGAACUCAACUCUUUGCGGCCUGGAUUCCAUCUGUAUCAACACCCUGGGAAAAUACAAUUGCUCCUGUCUGCCUGGGUUCUUUUCACCUGCUGUUUGGACCCCUGAGACUGUGGAGGAUUUCAGAUGUGUAGAUGUUGAUGAGUGCCUCCAUAUGUGCCCUUCCAAUGCAACAUGCACCAACACGCCUGGGAGCUACUUUUGCACCUGCUCUCCUGGCUUUGCACCAAGUAAUGGAAAGCUGAGCUUCACAGAACAAGGAGUCCAUUGUAGAGAUAUUGAUGAAUGCUCCCAAGGUCCAUCACCAUGUGGCCCCAAUUCUGUCUGCACCAAUGCCUUGGGCUCCUACAGCUGUAGCUGCAUUGGAGGCUUUCAACCCAAUCCUGAAGGCUCCUUGAACUUCAGCUGCAAAAGGAUCCCCUUCAAGUGUAAAGAAGAUGUAAUACCCAACAAUCAACAAGUCCAGCUCUGCCAAGUGGGAGCAGUAGUGGAGCCUGAACAUGGUUCCUUCUGCACAUUAAUGAAUGCCACCUUCAGUGUUCUGGACGAUGCCUGUGAAAACAGGACAGCCGAGGUCUCUCUGAAGAAUACAGCUGAGAGCCUUUCCUCUGUGCUCAAGCAAACGUCCACAUGGUCCAACUUCACCAAAGAAGAGACCUCUGCUCUGGCCACUGUGGUCCUGGAGAGUGUGAAAAGCAGCACGCUGGCAGCUUUCCUGAACCCCUCAGCCAAUGUCAGUCAGACUGUUCGGGCUGAACACUUAGAAAUUGAAAGCAAAAUUAUCAAGGAAGGAUGCACUGAAGAGAACAUGACUUUUCACUUGAAAGCCAAAGGGGACGAGAUGGAGAUUGCAUGUUCCAUCAUCGAAGAGACUGACUCCACAGGGCCCACUGGGGUGGCUUUUGUCUCCUUUUUGGGCAUGGAGUCUUUUUUAGACGAGAGCUUCUUCCAAGACCCUCAGACCCCUUUGGCCAACUUCCAGAGCAAGUUGAAGAUGAAGAUGAAUUCUCGCAUUGUACAGGGCAUCAUGACUGGGGAGAAGAAAGAUGGCUUCUCUGACCCAGUCAUUUACAUGCUGGAGAACAUUGAGCCGAAGCAGGAAUUUGAGAGCCCUAUCUGUGUUUCCUGGGACACCAACUUGGAGGGUGGUAGGUGGAUGUCCUCUGGCUGUGUGGUCCUUGAAGCUUCCAAGACACAUACUGUCUGCAGCUGUAAUCGAAUGAUGAACCUGGCCAUCAUCAUGGCUUCUGGGGAGCUCACGAUGGAGUUCUCCUUGUACCUCAUUAGCCAUGUGGGGAUAAUCAUCUCCCUGGUGUGUCUCGUCUUGGCCAUCGCCACCUUCCUACUGUGCCGUGCCAUUCGCAACCACAACACCUACCUCCACCUGCACCUCUGCAUCUGCCUCUUCUUGGCCAAGACUCUCUUCAUCAUCGGUGUAGACAAGACUGACAACCAGAUGGGCUGUGCCAUCAUUGCAGGCUUCCUGCACUACCUUUUCCUGGCCUGCUUCUUCUGGAUGCUGGUGGAGGCUGUGAUGCUCUUCCUUAUGGUCAGGAACCUGAAAGUGGUGAAUUACUUCAGCUCUCGUAACAUCAAGAUAUGGUACCUCUGUGCCUUUGGCUAUGGGCUCCCAGUGGUGCUGGUGGCUGUCUCUGCCAGUGUGCAACCACAAGGUUAUGGGAUGCAUAAUCGCUGCUGGCUGAAUACAGACCGAGGGUUCAUCUGGAGUUUCCUGGGGCCAGUCUGUGCCAUCAUCAUGAUCAAUUCCAUCCUCCUGACUUGGACACUAUGUGUCCUGAGGCAGAAGCUUUCCAGUGUCAAUGCUGAAGUCUCAACACUCAAAGAUACCAGGUUACUGACACUCAAGGCCUUUGCCCAGGUCUUCAUCUUGGGGUGCUCCUGGGUGUUAGGCCUCUUCCAGAUUGGACCCAUGGCGAGUAUCAUGGCCUACCUCUUCACUAUCAUCAACAGCCUGCAGGGGGCCUUCAUCUUCAUCAUUCACUGUCUGCUCAACCACCAGGUACGGGAAGAAUACAGAAGAUUGAUUACCAAGAAGAUCAAACCCAGCUCUGAGACCCAGAGCUCAGGGAUAUUACUGUCUUCCGUCCCCUCCACUUCUAAAACGGGAUAAAGCUCUUUCUUACUUUCAAAUAUGCCGUGAAGCAACAUUUGAGGAAAGCAGGUGCCUACAGGAGCCUACUCUGAAAGGCACAGCUUAAGGCACAGAAGCAGGAUCUUCCAGCCCCAGAAUGCUCUGGAAAACAAGAACUUUUGCCCCAGAUGAUCAAUUCAUCUUCCAUGUUCUGCUCUUUGAGUUUCUAGAAUUUUGUGGAAGUAACAGAUCCCACUGCAAUGGCAAUACCUAGCUUACCUGGUUGCCAUUUUGGUUUCUCCUAAGUUUGUUGGUGCAUGGCCACAAGCAUGCCUUUCCAGCACCUCUCGUGAGCCUGACACAGAGCAGCCCUCAAUAAGUGAUUUGUUGUAUGACUCACUGACUUACUCUUUGACAAAGUCAUCUCUUGCUUUUAAAGAAAUGGUCAGUAAAAUAGUAAUGAUGGCGCUAGGGGAUGAAUAAAAAUAAAAAAUGGA